AUGGCUCUCUCCAGCUACCUGAAGCAGACCGAGUUGUCCAAAGAUUUUCUGUAUAUCUAUGGUCUGCUAGCCCUACUGGCAUCACCUCUCAUCUGGCUCGCAGCAGACUAUGUACGCAUCCUUCGUCUAAGGCAAAAGAUGCCACCAGGGCCCUUUCCGCUGCCUCUGGUGGGUAACUUCUUCCAGCUUCCAAAGCAUCAACCAUGGAUCGAGUGGGAGACAUGGUCGGACACCUAUAAGAGUUCCAUGAUCACAAUCUGGAAUGGCCGUCGACCUGUCAUCAUUUGCAAUGACAUCUGGUCAAUCUCAGAGUUGCUGGACAAGCGUGCCGCCAUCUACUCUUCCGGGCCACAUCAUGUCGUCAUGGGAGACAUGAUGAACAUGUCGGAGACGAACCAGGUCUGCCAGAAAUACGGUGAUUCAUGGAGGCUUCACAGACGCCUCAUGCAUACCAUUGUCGGGUCCCAAUCAGUGCGAAACCAUCGCUCCCAUCAGUCCAACGAGUCCAAGGUGUUGCUUCGAGACAUGUUGCUCAGCCCAGACGACUUUGACAUGUCCAUCGAGCGAUACUCGUGCUCAGUCGUUUCCAUCCUCGGAUGGGGUCGUCGCAUCGAUCGGAUUAACGACACGGUCGCACAGGUAGCUCUGAGCUUCAUGGAGGGCGUAAACUUUGUCGUCCCCGGCCUCUACAUCAUGGAAGCAGUUCCCUGGCUCGCCAAGCUGCCAGGGUGGCUGUAUCCUCUGCCUUCUAUCAUCCUCAAGAGCUCCAAGCAUAUGCAGAGGUACUUUGCAGCCUUGGCCAAGGAGGCAGCUGCCAACUCCACCGAGGACAACUUCUCAAAGAGUUUGCUGGUUGCCCAACGGGAGCACAGCAUCAGCGACGAGGAUAUCAGUUCUCUCACAGCCAACAUGAUCGGCGGUGGCGUUGAUACCACUACAAGCUCCACGCUAACCCUUAUCCUGGCCAUGUGCGUGUUCCCCGGAGUGCAGCGCAAAGCGCAAGAGGAGCUGGAUCGCGUCGUGGGCCAAGACCGCUAUCCCGAGUGGACGGAUGAGGAGAACCUACCUUAUAUCCGUGCUGUGGACACCGCUAUCACUGGCAACCUGUGGGCUAUACACAGAAACCCGCGGGAGUUCCCACGGCCAGACGUCUUCAGACCAGAGAGGUUUCUGGAUGGGCUGGAGAGGCCAUAUCCUAACAAGAAGGGCCACAAUGCCUUUGGGUGGGGACGGCGUCAGUGCAGCGGCCAACCGCUGGCCGAGCAGGGACUAUUCAUCACCAUUGCACGCAUGAUUUGGGCAUUCAAUAUGCAACCUGGCUUGGACGAGAACAAUCGUCCAGUGAAGCUCGACAUCUUCGCCCAUUCGGACUGCGAGAAUAUGCGCCCUGAGAAGUUCAAGGCCCGCUUCACCCCGAGAACGCAACAAAUCAAGGACUUGAUCCUUCGCGAGGCUGCUGAAGCACGAGAGCUCUUGAGGCCGCUUGAUGGUGAAACAGCAAUAACCAUGGCGAGCGUUGCCUGA